GCCGUCAAAACCAAACAUAACCCGACUUUCGGCGCUGGUUCCUACGAGGAGCAAAACACGUGCGUUAAAUCGUCCGACCAUGGAAAAUCCGGAGUUGACGGAGAAGAAGAAGAAAAAGAGCAAAAUCGACAAACUCAGUCAGUUGCAGAGAGAAGGUAGCUUUCAACUGCAGUCGUCGGAAAAAAUCGCCAAAUUAGACACGUCUCAAUGGCCCCUCCUCCUAAAGCACUUCGACCGUCUGAAUGUGAGGACGAACCAUUACACCCCGAUACCGAGCGGCUCAUCGCCGCUGCGGCGUGAACUUUUGGAGUACAUCAAGUCGGGCUACAUCAACUUGGACAAACCGAGUAAUCCGAGCAGCCACGAAGUGGUCGCUUGGAUCAAGCGUAUAUUGGGGGUGCAAAAAACCGGACACUCGGGAACACUCGACCCCAAAACUACCGGUAACCUCAUCGUGUGCAUCGAGCGGGCGACCCGAUUGGUCAAAUCGCAGCAGUCCGCCGGCAAAGAGUACGUCACCGUCUUCAAGCUGCACUCGCAGGUCGAGGGGGGCGUGAAAAAAAUCACGCAGGGCCUCGAGAAGUUGAAGGGGGCGCUGUUUCAACGGCCCCCCUUGAUUUCGGCGGUCAAAAGACAGCUCAGGGUCAGGACGGUGUACGACAGCACCCUGCUGGACUUUGACGACACCAGGAAUACCGGCGUGUUUUGGGUCAAAUGCGAGGCGGGGUCGUACAUUAGGACGAUGUGCGUCCACCUGGGGCUCGUGCUCGGCGUCGGCGGGCAAAUGUUGGAGCUCCGCCGCGUGAGGUCGGGCAACGUCAGCGAGAUGGACGACCCGGCAACGUUGCACGACGUGCUCGACGCCAAGUGGCUCCACGACAACCACAAAGACGAGACUUACCUGCGGCGGGUCGUCAAACCCCUGGAGGGCCUCCUGGUGAAACACAAACGGAUCAUCAUGAAAGACAGUUCGGUGAACGCGAUUUGCUACGGGGCGAAGGUGCUCGUGCCUGGCAUCCUACGCUACGAAGACAACAUCGAGCUCAACGAGGAGAUCGUCAUCGUGACGACCAAGGGCGAGGCGAUCGCGUUGGCCGUCGCCCUGAUGACGACGGCGACAAUAGCGAGCUGUGACCACGGCGUCGUCGCCAAACUCAAACGCGUCAUCAUGGAACGCGACACCUAUCCGAGGAAGUGGGGCUUGGGCCAGCGGGCCAGUCAGAAAAAGAUGCUCAUCGCCAAGGGCCAGCUGGACAAGUACGGCAGGCCCAACGAGAACACGCCCAAGGAGUGGCUCAACAGCUACGUCGACCUGUCCCUCAAACAGGAAAUCAAAACGGAGACGGCGGACGACGACCACAGCAAAAAGAGAAAGCUGAGCAGCGGCGUAGCCGCGGACGACACGUCGAUGGAGGUCGCGGCCGACACUUCGACGGAGGCCGCGGUCGCCGAGAAGAAGCAGAAAAAAAAGAAGAGAAAGAAGGAGGACCGGGACACCGAGACGGAGACGGUGUCGAGCCAGGAUACCGAGGAGGGCGAGGUCGCGAAGGAAAAGAAGAAGAAAAAGAAGAAAUCGAAGGACAGGGACGCGCCGGAAGCGGAAGACGGUUAAGCACGGCGCCCUUUAUUUCACUUUUUUUAUUGCCUUUAUUUUUUAUGUAUAUGAGUAUAAAUUUCGAGAAUAUAUUAUGACAACAAUUGAGUAAACGGUAAAAAUGAAUUAGUACGCGUUAAACGGAUCUCCCACGGGGGGGUGGCGUGCUUUUCGUCGUCGCAGGUCGC